CCAAAGUCAAUGCAUGAAGUUUAUCGAAAUGUAGCUGUAAAUUCUCUUGAACGAUAUCGUGAAAAUAUGAAAUCACAACUUAACAAGAAAAACAAAAAAUUUAUAAAUAAAUAUAGAGUUG